AAACGUCGUGAGAAUAUUAUUGUGUUAUUUUAUUUUAUCAAUUUAUUAUUUUAUUCUUAUUCUACGUGACUUUACCGAAAGAACCAAAGAAGAAGUUGUGUUAGUCUUCCUUUUUACACGGUCCGUAAUGCUCUCAUGCGGCUGGCCGUUUUGUUUGUUUGCUAAAGGCGGUCGCUGUAGUCGGUACGGCGCACUGCGAACAACACCACGGGUCUCUCACUCACGUCCAGCCGCAAGCCGAUGAGAGACACCGAUUAACAAAAGCAAUACGAUGUCUCCCAUCCGUGUCUGUUGCCGAGCCACGUGGCCCUCCCUCUGUGUCGGUAUAAUUCCAAGCAUGCGUCCCUCCAUGCUCUCGUCAUCGUCACGCUCAAUCCACUGUUACAUGAAAAUAAAAUGCCUCUUAAUGUACUUGCCUAUGUUGUCCAAUGCACGUGUUGUCCUGUCUUUCUGUCUCGGUGGCUCCAUGUGCCAUCGGGAGGUAAUUUUCAUUCAUUACUGUUUAUUUUUGUUUGUUAUAUUACCGAGCACAACGGCAUGUUGGAACGCGUUUCUGAAGCCAUGCACAUUGCAUGUUUUUUGUUCCUUGUGUUUAUCUGUUAACCCGCUUACCGCCACCACCACCACCCCGUUGAUUCGUUACUCGAGGCGGCCUCGGGAGAGGGCGCUGUGUGGUGCCGGCGCGAUAGCCAGGGGCUGAUUUGUGAACUCAAUGUGAUGCGACCCGCAAUCACAUUGCCGCAACACGAACUCAUCACUUACGCCGAUCGCCGGCGUUGACGGCGAGCCUCGGCACAAUUACAUUGAAUGCACAAUCAUAACAACGUGAUUUGUGUCAUCCACGGCUCAUUAUUAAGACAUCGGGAACGCGUGUGUUGAUCUCAAAACCGGCCCAGGGCAACUCUCUCCCCAAGGCGCACGGGACCAGCGUAGUGAAGUAUGGUCACACCACUCGAGUGACCGACACGGCAUGCCGCAUUGUCUUACCACGACAGUCGACGUGUUAUUGUUUUAAUUACGAAUACUCGCCACCCAUGACGGCGGCGGCGAAUCUAUGAACCCGUCCCUGGGCCACCCCUAAGUCGACUUAGCCUGAGAAGAGUACCUGGUGCGGUGCGUGCGUGCGUGUGUAAUACAUCAGCAUUGGGGAGACAAAGGCGGCAGGGCGUACGUGAUUGGUGGCCAACCCAACUUCCAAAGCGUAGGCGCCACUCACUCCGUGAAAGUCUACACGGGUGAUGUCUCGAAUGCUCUCUUUAUAAACCACGACCCAGGGUGAACGGAACGUUAUCGCAAGGCUCCGUCGCGUCGAGAGAAAGCGGUGAACUGUUUGAGUCAAACGGAGAGAGUGGCCGGACGAGCCAACACACACACACACGGAGCUCGACAAACAGCAAACAACGAAGAUUGUCGGGGUGGGGGAAGUGCCAAUACGAUAAUACAUUUUAAUUUAUUCGGAGGAGGAACUCCACUGGGCACGCGAAGGGAGUGGUUGGACGAGGAGGAGGAGGAAGAGGAGGCGACGAGAGCGACUUUCGGUGUGCGACUGUCGGUCACGGUUUGUCUUGCUGGCACACAACAUCACUGCUCUCGGCUGUUUGUGUACGAGGCGCGCCGUGUUAAUUAGCGGGCCAGCAUCUGCGACCGAACACAACAACAAUAACAACAGCAGCAGCAGUUGCGUGUCUCUGUGAGGAGCGGUGGCGCAGCGGUGAGCGCCGAACUCGACAAGCGAGCCGAGGUUUCGAUUCCUGCUCGUGAACAAAUAACGGUGAAGGCGAACAUUUGAACCUAGGUUGGCUCAGCCUCAAGCACGCACCUCUGGCUGGCGAGGAAAUGGGCGCUCGCGUGCCCGCGGUGUGGCCACGGUGGUGCGGUGGCGCCGCCACGGCCACUGCGGUGCUGUUGCUGCUGCUCGCGGUCGCUGCUGCUGCUGCUGAGGCCCAGGAGCGACGCACCGCCCCGGACAAGGUCUCCCUCGGUCUCUACAAGAAGCUGUUCGAGGUCAAACGCAAGGAGCAGAUGAGCGCCCUCAAGACCCUCAUUGAGCUGAGGGACCUCCAGCAGCAGUACAAGAUCAUCGACAUCAUGCUGCAGGGCCUCUUCAAGGUGCUGGAGGAAUCGCGCGUGAUCCUGGCUGCCGCCAACGUGCUACCUUCGGGCCCCAUCCCCGACGACGCCCGACAGAGGGACGCGUUUUCCCACGUGGUGGAGAACGUGGCGUUCUUCGGCGACGUGCUCCUGCGCUUCCCGCGCAUCGUGCACAGCUACGUGGACGGAAGCGCGGAGCGCCUCGCCCUCGUGCGUUGGGGCCUGGACUUCUGCAACGGCACCGGCGUCUUCGCCGACGGCACCCACGAGCAGCUGCUGGGCCUGGCGUCGCAGGAGCUGGGUUUCAUCGAGAAGUCGCCCGAAUAUCACAACCCCUUCCAGCUGGACGAGGAGAAGAUGCUGAGGGACACGCAGGUGCUGCGCGAGGCGUUCCGGAAGGAGGAGAAGAGGAGGAAGCAGGAGGAGAAGCGUGAGAAGAGGAAGGGGCCGCGCAUCACGCGCUCCCGCUCCGAACUCUAGCCGGGACAGCACCGCCCGUGCCGGCCGCGUCACCAAUUCACGACUCCGCCGGGCAACGGCUGCCACCGUGGAACCGUCCGCGGGCUCCCACCGUGCACCGGACCCCCAUCGCUAUCGACCAAACAGGCAUCCUUACCCCCUACCCCCGCCCUCCAGCAACCGUCAGGCUGACGACGAACGGCCCUGCCUGUAACGACGCCCAAACCCCCCACCUCCCCCGCUCCGUAAGGGGAGUAUCCCGAGGAAAACUCGAGCCCGAUCAAAACGUUGUCUCCCGUUGACAACGGGGCAUCGACGUCCGCCGUGAGAUGGAGCAACACAAAUCGUAUGGGGGCUGAAGUCCAAUGCUCGUUCGUCCCACAGGGCAUUGUGGGAAAAUCCACAUGAGCUCGCGUUCCUCUCGGCCUCCCGCUUCAGGGACGACUGAGAGCACGAGUCGCUUUGUCUUGGGUUUCGUGUCGAUGCCUUGUGGCGUAAAUGCCCAAUUCGUCUUCGGUGAUUACCCACGAAUUUGAAGCCCCAUUCUAUGUUUACAACUCGGCCCCCCACGGCGCCCGAUGGCCCUCCGCCCGCCCGCACCGCAUCCGGCGCAGCGACGCAGCGUGAUGCCGUCUCGUGCAUGAUGAGUCUACGCUAAAAAAAUAAUUCCUGCACGAUUGCGAAGCGCACGUCGUUUUGCGAGAAUACGUUCACUCUUUGUUGAAAGGUUGCGUUCUGGUGAUGCAUUCGGUAUCGUGAAGCAAGCAAGAUACGGUACAAACAGGAAACGUUCAAGAAAAACAUGAUAAUAAUGGACUCUUAACUCGAAUAUCGAACCCAAAUCGUGGCAGUUCACGGAAUGGCCGGUGGGGGUGACGUGGUGGGAACGCCGCCAUGUGGCUAGCACCCAAGUGAACUUAAACACAUCACAUGGCUUGUGUGAAUGCCUUGCACGUGCUCUGCACAAAAGUUCGUCUUUGUAACAAAGCAAAAAACUCUGACCUCAUCAUCCGCUCUUCCUUUGAGCACGAACCUAUGCUGUGCCAAAACCGUUUCCAAAAGCACUUGAGCGCACUUGCUAAAUAACGAAGCCUGUGUCUCGGAUUAAAAUUUAAAAAAAAAAUUAAAACGGUCUUGUUCUAGCACUUCGUGCAACCUUGGACCUCUGUAAAAGCAAAAGAAAACUAAACCUGCCGCUGGUGGUUGACAAAUGUCCAUUCACAGUGGUUGGCGAGGUGAAGUGCGUCUCGAGGUGUUGCGUUUCGUGCCAGGGUGGAUUCGCCACGGCUGGGAUCUGUGUGCGUUAACGUCGCAUGGUUCCCAGGGGAAAUGGAAUGCUCGUUUGUAGAUUACAGCAAGCGUCUCCGUUUGUUUUUGUUCGCCACCUAAAAUUCAUUCAACCUUUUGUCGUAGGCACAACACGCUUAUUAUUGUCGACCGACACAAAACCUGCACCGGAUUAAAUUCAAAAUGAAAUUUGAUUGCUUGCAGCAGUCGAGUGCUGCCACACCAUCCCGUUACGAGCAGGAGGGAGAGAUGUCGAGGCUUAACGCGCACAAAACCAAAAAGCAAUAAACACGGCGCCCGUUGGCAGCAGCGGACUCGCCUCGUCCUCCCUCCGCCUCGACUCCUCCGUGUCUCGGGUCCUCCUGGCCGCCCUGGGGACGCUUUCAUCUCCCCACCCACGGCCCCCGGUUGGGUCCGUCUCUCUCAAUCCCCCCGACGGAGGGAGCUGAAUUCGAGGCGCUGCUCCGCUCGGUGCGUUUUGGGAGCCUUCGAGCGCCGCCUUAGAGCGGUCGCCCGCGUUCACAUCACUGGCGGGUCGAACUAAAAUCGGUGUGGCACGCAGAGAGAGAGAGGAGAGGAGAAGAGAGCGCGCUUGAUCAAACAAAGGCGUGUUACGUUACUAAGCCGUUUAUCAUUACAUCUCUUUUUUUAUUGCAAAUGCUUACUUGGCCACUCUAAAAAUAUUUUUUUUUAAAUCGCUGCGAUCGUUCCAUCAAAAUGCGCCGGGCCGCGUGAGAAUUCACAGCCCACCCCACCACCCACCCCCCCACCCACGUUGGUUUUGUGACGGCGCUGACGACAGCCCAGUGGCUUGACUGUUGAUCGACGACACGCGACACGCGCGUCUCUCCGCUGCUGGAUGGUGAUGCCUAUACCCCUCCUCCGUGCUGGGCACAGUGCGGGGUGGUGUAGACGCCGGGAGCAUAGAGCAGUACAACCGUGGAUUGUUUUCGCUGCCUGCCGUGCCACUGUGAUACGCACAACAGCAGCAGCAGCAGCCCGUCAUGCAUGGUGGUUGCUCAUCCAACCACUAUCCAGGCUCAAGCCUGCUUAGCUUUACAAGGUCUCACACGAGGUUGGGCAGCUGUACGACUGUUAAAGUAUUCGAACUAAAUGCUUAUCCUGUGUUUCGUAUUUAUGCAAGGUUUCCAAAACAUAUACUGUACAUGUAUUACCCAAGAUUCAAUCCGGAUUUAAGAAGUGCAUUAAUUGGCAAGUGUUGCCAAUAGACUUAUAUUUGAAAGAAAAAAACUACUUUGUAAAUUGAGAAAUAUUUAUAUGCCUUCGUGUUAGGUUGAUCAUAGCAGAUGGUGCCGGUUUAAAGGGCUGCCCUCUUUUAAGACAAAAAAAUUAAACAACUUCUGAGCCGGUCCAUUUUUGACGUUUUUGAGCGAAUGCGGUGGACAGUGAUAAACCCCUGGUCCGUGAAAGGUG